GUGCAAAAUGCUGUUGAGUUCUUAAAAAUGAUAAAUGCGUUAGAUGAGAAGGAAAAUCUUACAAAUCUUGGAAGAUAUCUCUCAAUGCUUCCAGUUGAUCCAAAGCUAGGGAAGAUGCUUAUUAUGGGUGCUUUGUUUCGUUGCUUUGAUCCUGUUCUCACGGUGGUGUCUGGGUUGAGUGCUAGGGACCCUUUUCUGCUACCUCAAGACAAGAAGGAUUUGGCAGGGACCGCAAAAUCAAGAUUUUCUGCAAAGGAUUACAGUGAUCAUAUGGCUCUUGUUCGUGCAUAUGAAGGAUGGAAAGAUGCUGACAGAGAAGGUUCUGCUUAUGAAUAUUGUUGGAGGAACUUUCUUUCAUCCCAAACCUUGCAGGCUAUUCACUCAUUACGAAAGCAAUUCAGUUUUAUUUUAAAAGAUGCUGGCUUGCUAGAAGCAGAUGCCAGCAUGUAUAACAGCUUGAGCCAUAACCAGUCACUUGUCCGUGCUAUCAUAUGCUCCGGGCUCUUUCCUGGAAUAUCUUCUGUUGUGCAUAGAGAGAAGUCUCUUUCUUUCAAAACAAUGGAUGAUGGCCAGGUUUUACUUUAUGCUAACUCCGUGAAUGCGAGAUACCAAACCAUCCCGUAUCCAUGGUUGGUAUUUGGCGAAAAAGUGAAAGUAAAUGCGGUCUUUAUUCGUGAUUCCACUGGUGUAUCAGAUUCUAUGUUGAUUCUGUUUGGCGGUGCCCUAAAAAAAGGAGAAAUGGCUGGACACCUAAAGAUGUUGGAUGGCUACAUUGACUUCUUCAUGGAUCCAAGUUUGGCGGAAUGCUAUUGGAAACUCAAGGAGGAGCUUGAUAAGCUUAUCCAAAACAAGCUUGAAGACACCAGCUUGGAUAUCCAUAAGACUGGCAAGUACUUGUUGCUUGCCAUUCAAGAACUUGUCUCUGGCGACUUAUGUGAAGGGAGGUUCGUGUUUGGUCGAGAAACAAAGCGAAUCCAAACUCACAUCCACAGUGAAGACGGCACCACCAAAUUCACCAGGGGUGGCACAAAUCCCAAAAGCCUUUUGCAGACAUUACUCAUGCGAGCAGGGCACACUCCGCCGAAGUACAAAACGAAGCAUCUCAAGACUAAUGAGUUCAGGGCUCUGGUGGAAUUUAAAGGGAUGCAAUUUGUGGGUAAACCCAAGAGGAACAAGCAACUGGCAGAAAGGGAUGCAGCCAUUGAAGCACUCGAGUGGCUGACGCACACAACUGCCGAUGAUAAUUAUCGCAAUGAAGAUGAUGACUCGCCUCCUGACAUCACUGAUAACAUGCUGAAGCUGCUUAACAGCCGCCGCCGCCGCCGGCUCCGGUCAAAGCAAGGUUCAGUUUAAGUUGUGGCCAUUUUAUAUUUGUGAAAUUUAUUGAGGUUUUGGUUUGGAAAUAGAACUCCUGUGGGAUGAAGAUGGUGAGCAAAGGAAUUUUUGAUUAUUUUUCAAAAAGAUUGAAGUUGAAGUUUGCUGAUGAUUCAGAAGCUGAGGAUUCUUCAAGCAGAGAAGAUGACUGGGCGAUCUAUCUAUGUGAUCUAAACUUGUGUUUUAGCUGUCAACUUUCACAUGCAAUUGUGGUUGCCAAUGUAUUAUUCUUCUGUCUGUUUACUGUUUCUUUGGUUUUUUGGAUG